AUGGUCCUGCACGUGGUGUUUUUGCUGCUCUGGGUCUGCUGGCUUCACAGUGUGUUUGGUCAAGACUAUGAAGACACUGUAACUCACUUUCCGGAAGUCAAAGAUGGCAAGUGCAUCUUUCCAUUCCAGUACAAAGGUGGGAUAUUCUAUGACUGCAUCAAGUUCAAGGCAAAACACAAGUGGUGCUCCCUAACUAAGGCGUACCAAGGACGUUGGAAGUAUUGCUCUGAAGAAGACUUUGCAAAAUGCGCGUUUCCCUUCUGGUACAGACGCCUUAUCUACCGCGAAUGCACUGAAGACGGGGACGCGUUUGGGAGAAAAUGGUGCUCGCUGACCCAGAAUUAUAACAAGGACAAGGUCUGGAAAUAUUGUGACUGA